AUGCCGUCAUUACUAUUGCUGGAGGUGCAUGGAGACAUACUCAAAGUUGCAUGUCAAGGAUCAGUCCUGAAAUUGGUGUGCCCUGAUGACAAAUGUGGAUGUUCUAUUCCUCCUAAACUAUUGAAGAAGUUGCUUGGAGAUGCAGGUUUUGAACGGUGGGAAAGAUUGGUAUUUCAGAAGACUCUAGACUCAAGGGCUGAUGUAGCUUACUGUCCAAGAUGUGAAACAGCUUGCCUGGCAGAUGAGGACAGCGCCCAGUGCUCCAAUUGCCUCUUCACCUUCUGCGUCCGCUGCAGAAAUCGUCGCCACGUAGGGGAGAGAUGCAUGACUCCAGAAGAAAAACUUAUUUCUGUACAGGAGCGUGAGAAGGCACGCAACUUGAGCAAAGGCAAUGCUGGACGUAAAGUCUCUGCGAGUGAUAUAUUUAGCAUCAAGGAAAUACUCCGUUCUUCUGUUAUGUGCCCGCAUUGUGGCUUUGCCAUCUCACGUGUGUCAGGCUGCGACCAGAUGCUUUGCAGAAACUGUGAGAAGUCGUUCUGUUAUGCCUGUGGCAAGCCAUCAAGUCAAGGUCAUACAAGUGAACAAUGCAAAAUCGAUAGGGAGAAGCUGAGAGUGAAGGUGGAGGUGAAUGAUGUCGUCAGAAACAUGCAGAAAGAGCUGAAACUGGCACUGUCCAGAGCGCAUCUGUGCCCGGGUUGCCGCCAGCCGAAUUUCAAGUUGGGAACAACAACCACAUCUUCUGCAAGACAUGCCGGGUUCACUACUGCGCUCUGUGCCACACGGUGGUGCGCAAGAGCACGGAGCACUACGGCCCCCAAGGGUGCAAGCAGCACACCGUCGACCCCGACUUUGUCUAGAGAGGCUGCUGGACCAAAGAAGAGCGACGACCAUGAAUCAGAAUUUUUCGGGAGAUGA